UUUCUUACUAACGAACUGACCGGUGAUCAUAAAUCGGGAAUCGGGAGUCAGUGACGACGUCAACUGUAGAGUGCAGACUGCGAGUUCAUAGAUUUUCGUCUGUAUCUGUAAUUAAAACACUCAAGAGCAGAAGGAAAAGCUCAGCGUUCUUCUGUCUGGUUUUGUUUGUUCUUACGAUGGAGAAUAAGCAACCAAGCAGCGAGUUCGGCGAUUCUGGUUUCCCGGCGGAGCUGGAAUACCAAUCAGGCUUCGGCAACCAUUUUUCGUCCGAGGCGAUUCCCGGAGCUCUGCCUCAGGGCCAGAACAGUCCACUCAUGUGCCCGUAUGGUCUCUACGCCGAGCAGAUCUCUGGCACCUCUUUCACUUCACCUCGCAAGGUUAACCAGAGAAGUUGGCUGUAUCGUAUCAAGCCAUCAGUUACCCAUGAACCAUUCAAACCUCGUAUCCCUAGCCACAAGAAACUUGUGAGCGAGUUCAACCAGUCCAACAGUUCCGCUAACCCAACUCAACUGCGGUGGAAGCCUACAGAGGUUGCUGAUUCACCAAUUGAUUUUAUUGAUGGGCUGUACACAGUGUGUGGGGCCGGGAGCUCUUUCCUACGCCAUGGAUAUGCCAUUCACAUGUACACUGCCAACAAAUCAAUGGAUAAUUGUGCUCUUUGCAAUGCUGAUGGUGACUUGUUGAUAGUGCCUCAGAAAGGAAGGCUGUGGAUUGCAACUGAAUGUGGAAGGUUGCAAAUAUCUCCUGGUGAAAUAAUUGUUAUACCUCAAGGGUUUCGUUUUGCUGUCAACCUGCCAGAUGGUCCAUCUCGUGGAUAUGUUGCUGAGGUUUUUGGUGCACAUUUCCAGCUUCCUGAUCUUGGGCCUAUAGGUGCUAAUGGCCUUGCUGCUCCACGGGACUUUCUUGCCCCUACAGCUUGGUUUGAACAAAAAUUCUGUCCAGGGUAUACCAUUGUACAAAAGUUUGGUGGUGAACUGUUCACUGCCAUACAAGAUUUUUCUCCAUUCAAUGUGGUUGCCUGGCAUGGUAAUUAUGUACCAUAUAAGUAUGAUCUAAGUAAGUUUUGCCCAUUCAAUACUGUUUUAAUUGAUCAUGGUGAUCCAUCAAUAAAUACAGUAUUAACAGUGCCCUCUGAUAAGCCUGGUGUUGCAUUGCUUGACUUUGUCAUCUUUCCUCCUCGAUGGUUAGUUGCUGAGCACACUUUUCGACCUCCAUAUUAUCAUCGAAAUUGUAUGAGUGAAUUUAUGGGCCUAAUUUAUGGUGGAUAUGAGGCAAAAGCUGAUGGGUUUCUCCCUGGAGGUGCAAGUCUUCAUUGCUGCAUGACCCCCCAUGGUCCUGAUACCAAGACAUUUGAGGCAACAGUGGCCCGUGGAAAUGAUGCAGGGCCAUUCAGAAUAGCUAAUACCAUGGCUUUCAUGUUUGAAUCGUGUCUGAUCCCUCGAGUCUGUCCAUGGGCUCUUGAGUCUCCCCACAUUGAUCGUGAAUAUUACCAAUGCUGGAUUGGAUUGAAAUCCCACUUUUCCCAUGAAGAGGGCGAUUAUAAGGAUAAACAAGUACAGAAUGGAAAGGACACCAAUUAGUGGGAUUGGAUUGAAAUCCCACUGAUUUAAUGAAGACUCAGUCAUGAGCUCUUCCAACAUCAAUUAGGCUCUGUUCUUAUUUUGGAAACACAUUUACCUGGGUAAAUGCACUUACCCAAGGAAUACUUACCUGGAUAAGUGCAUUUACCCAUGUUCUUUUUCUGUUUAAUUUACUGAGGUAAAUGAGAUUCUUUACUUUCCCAUGUUUUUUUGCAACA